AUGUCUAUCGCGAAGUCCGAAUAUCUCAGUAACGCCUGGGCCAACGGCAUAUUCGCCAACCGGGUGUUGUUCAUCACUGGCGGUGCCGGAACCAUCGGUAGCGCUCAGACACGUGCGCUCGUCCACCUCGGAGCUGAUGCCUGCAUCAUCGGGCGCAAUGUCGAGAAGACCGAGGCCGCAGCAAAGGAAAUUGCAAAGGUCCGCAACGGAGCCCGGGUACUUGGAAUCGGCGGCGUUGAUGUCCGCAGCUUCGACUCCCUCAAAGCAGCUGCAGACCGCUGCGUGAAGGAGCUCGGCGCAAUCGACUACGUCGUCGCCGGCGCAGCAGGCAACUUCAUCGCGCCCCUCUCCGGCCUCAGCCCCAACGCCUUCAAAACCGUCAUCGACAUCGACACCAUCGGCACCUUCAACACCAUCAAAGCGACCAUCCCGCACCUCGUCGCCUCCGCCGCGCGCAACAGCCCCAACCCCCACCCAUCAGGCCUCACCGGCGGCCGCUUCCUCGCCGUGUCCGCCACCUUCCACUACACGGGCAUGCCGCUGCAGGCGCACGUGUCCGCCGCCAAGGCCGCCAUCGACUCCCUCGUGGGGUCGGUAUCCAUCGAAUACGGCCCGCUGGGUGUCACGGCCAACUGCGUGGCCCCCGGCGCUAUCGCCGGCACCGAGGGCAUGGAGCGCCUGUCGAGCGACCUGAUGACGCAGCGCGAGAAGGACCGGGGCGUGCCGAGCGGCCGCUGGGGUACGGUGCGGGAUAUUGCGGACGCGACGGUGUUUGUGUUUAGUGAUGCGGGGAAUUAUGUCAAUGGCACGACGUUGGUGGUGGAUGGAGCGGGCUGGCGCAGGCAGGGCGGGUUGGAGGUGGGCGUGGAUCCGGGCAUGGUGUACCCGGAUUAUUUGUUGACCGGGGAGGUGAGCAAGCAUUUGAAGGAUGGACGGAAGAAGGGGAAGUUGUGA